AUGUCUUCGUCGAAGUGCCCUGCAGCCGGAAGCAAGGGUCGCAACAGAAAGAAGGGAGAGGUGCCACCACCGACACCACCAGCCGAAAAGGAGAUGUCCGGUGACAGCAGCCCAUCUCUGGUGUUACUCUCAGAGAGCUGGCGGCCAGAAUACCGCAACAAGGCGGUCCCGCUCCCUGCGGGCAUCCGCAACUUCCGCCAGUGGGGCAAGACGGUAUGCACCAUGCCGAAAUACCGUCGGUCUCGUCUGAGCUUUGACGAACUGCUGGAAUUGGGGCGUGGAAACGCCGAAUGCCAGAAGUACCUGAAGUGGAUCCACGCAUCAUACGCGACGGCAUCCACGCUGGCCUGUGAGGAGAGGAAUGGGGUCCGGGUUCUGGCUUCUCAGCCGAGAAACCAGGCCACUGACCUGGCACUCUUCCUGGAGGCGAGUUCGUACUCUGAGGAGUUGGAAAGCCUUGAGGGCGCUGGCCGCGACUGCGGCUAUCGCCGCGAGUUCAAGAACUAG